AUGGCUCAGUCCACCUCUCCAAACAAAAUAAAUCUGUCUCAACUUCCGAAAGAGUUACUCCAAAUUAUUGUGCAGUAUAUGGUCUCUCACCGCGAGAUAAACCUUUUCUGUCAGACCAAUGGCGAGAUUUAUAAGAAACUCAUUGGCUACCUGUACUGGUACAACACGGAGUACUACCAGAGCGGCGUCUUGCAGUGGGGAGCCAUACACAGCCGCGCUGAUGUCAUGGAAAUGCGGGACAUGGUUCAGAAUGGGGAGCAGUUUGUCCUUUUCAACGGAGAUUCCACACCAUUGCUUCUGGCGGCUGGGGGAGGAUGUGAAGGUGCGGUCCAGGCUUUGCUUGAGGGCAGCGCGGAUUAUAGGCGAGCCGGGUCUAUUGUCUUCUUGCAGAAAGCGGACCUCACGACCGACGAUCGCUCAGAUGCACUAGAAUCAGUGGCAGGUUAUGGUCAUGUUGAAGCUGUAGAAGUCUUGAUUCGCCAUGGCGCUGACCCCAAUAGUCUAGCCGAGCAUCCAGCUCUCAUCAGCGCGGCAAGACGAGGCCAUGUGGGCGUUAUUCGGACGUGGUUGGAUCAUGGUGCUGACAUCCGGAUCAAAUCCGACUCCCGACAAGAGUGCGCUUCUGCAUGCCAUUGA